UCUGCACUCACCAUUAAAAUAAUGGUGAAGAAAAUGGUGACAUUCAUUGACCCUUCAAAACUUCGGCUGCCUAACGCAAAUGCCUCACACUCACAUGCUUUUAGCUUCCUUCCAUGCUUUUCCCACGGCGUUGCUGCUGCCACUGUCAACUUUUUCACUUAUUUUUGACUUUCAUCCGUUAAAGCUUCAUAAACCCAUUAAACAAAAUCAUGAAAUCUCCAACCUCUUCUUUUUACAAACAACAAUGAACUCCUUUCAAUCUAUUCUCUUCCCAUAUCUAUACAACAAAAAGGCAAAGCUACUUGGGUUGUGGUUGAUUUGGGUAUGGGGGUUUAUGUUGAUUGGUGUCUCCUUUUAUGCUACUCAACUUAUGCCAUUGCCAUCUUAUUUUAAAGGUCAAAUAAAAAAAUUCAAUGGUGAAUUGGUGGAUGGUCCCACUAUUACCAUAUUUACAGCCCCAAGGCCCUUUGUGGGUACUGUUGGGGAAAGGCAGGCUCUUGCGAUUCGAUCUUGGCUUGGCUUAUCAACAGAUAUUAGUGUUGUUCUUUUCAGUCAAGACCCUUCUGUUUCCUCCUUUGCUGCAUUAUUAAGUCACAGGGUAUCAGUUGAGCCAAACAUUGAUUUCACGUUCUUAGGCACACCAUUUUUCCAUUCCAUGGUUGCAAGGUCAAAAGCAUCCUCUUCAGAUAUUUCUGUUGUGAUUGAUCCAAACACCGUACUCUUGCCAGACUUCAUUAAAACUAUUAGACAUGCUCAUAGUCUUGAUCAUGAUUGGCUCCUUUUUUCUUCAUCAAAAAGUGUUCCCCACUUCCCAUUUCUCUUGGACGCAGAUGGAAAACAUUGGCUCCGAGAUGAUGGAAGCCGAGUGAAGACACAAAAGUUACAGGAUUUCCUUUCACAAGAAUGGAAAUGGAACCUUUGUGAGGAAAAAAUGCUAAUAGCAUGGAACAAUGGGGAUCUUCCCUUGCAUAAAGGAGUCCUUCCCCCUUUUCUUUAUGGAAAGGGCUUUCAUAACCGCUGGCUUAUAAAUGAAGCUAUGCUCUCUGAUUUCAGAUUUGUCUUUGAUGCUAGUUGGGCCAUUUCCAAUUUGUACCUUAAUGACCUUGGCCAGGAUCUCGAUCACACAAGUGAAGAUUUUCUUGGCCUGGCUACUGGAAAAAAGUUUUGGGAAGUUGCUGGGAACUCCAAUUUGGCAAUGCUUUAUGGAUCAUUAUAUUUCCAUGAACAGAACUUCUCUAACAUAUUUAGACUUUUUCAGUGUGGAGGAUACUAUCUCUUCAUAAAUUCCGCACAAAUGGUUGUUUACCCUUUGAGGUAUAAAGGAUCAUUUAGUUUAAGAAAAGAAGUUAUGUUCAAGUCAACAAGAAAGAAGAAUACUUUGGAAUGCAUUGAUACUAUCAGAUCAACUGAGGGAGCUAAGGACUGCUCAGUGAAGGACUACUUGAAUGUGUCGAUGCCAAUUUCGCUUUCCUUGUCUUUAGAAAUAUUACUCUCACUUUGUGCAGACAAAAAUAAGACAGUUGUGCUAGCAGUUGUUGGGUAUAGUUACAAGGACAUGCUAAUGAGUUGGGUCUGCAGGCUACACCAUCUCCAAAUCUCUAACUUUUUGGUCUGUGCUCUUGACGAUGAUUUAUAUGAUUUCUCUGUCUUGCAGGGCCUACCCGUCUUCAAGUAUGCCAAUCUUGAAACCGAGAUCAGCUUUGACAACUGUCAUUUUGGAACUGAGUGCUUUCAGAAAGUAACCAAAGUUAAGUCCAGAACGGUUCUGCAGAUACUGAAGCUUGGUUACAAUGUAUUAAUGAGCGAUGUUGAUAUUUAUUGGUUCAAGAAUCCACUCCCCUUGCUUAGCUCAUUUGGCCCUGCAGUUCUUGUGGCACAAUCAGAUGAAUACAAGUUGACAGGACCUAUAAACUUACCUCGACGUCUGAAUUCUGGGUUCUACUAUGCUCAUUCGGAUGCUAUGACUAUUGCUGCUCUUGAGAAGGUUGUGGAGCAUGCAGCAAACUCAAAUCUCUCUGAGCAACCAAGCUUCUAUGAUACAUUGUGCGGGGAAGGUGGAUACAAUCGCAUAGAUGACAGCAGAUGCUUAGAACCUCAAACGAACCUGACCGUUCAAUUCCUGGACAGAGACCUCUUUCCGAAUGGUGCAUAUAAAGAUCUUUGGCAAGAAAGAAAUGUGAAGGAAGCCUGCUUGAUAAAGGGUUGUUUUAUUAUUCAUAACAACUGGAUUAGUGGGAGAAGGAAAAAGCUAGAACGUCAAGUGCCAUCAGGGCUCUGGGAGUACGAUAUGAGCACAAGGAUGUGUUUGCAGACGUGGCACAAAACAAAAUUUGUAUAUUUUUGA